GCGCGUUACGAUUGCUGGCAGUGCUUCCGUCUGCUCCCCCCCCCCCAAACACAAAUCGCAACUUUUUUACUAAUACACCAUCCCCCUGUGGCACGCUUUUGCUUUGCAGACGAGCCGGGCAAUGGGUCGUCCUCGUCCCGGGCCGGCUCGACCACGAUCCACCCGCUGUUCGGCGGGGGCGCCUGCCGCUGGCCCGGCUGCGAGCGCGUGUUCGACGAGUUCGACGACUUCUACAGCCAUCUGCACUCGGACCACAUCAACGGCGACUACUCGGCGGCCCAGGCCCGCAUCCAGAUGGAGGUCGUCUGCCAGCUGCACCUGCAGCUGCAGAAGGAGCGCGAUCGGCUGCAGGCGAUGAUACUGCACCUGAACAAGAAGAACGAGAUGCUGCGGGCCACGCCGGCCGCCGCCCUGUUCGGCGGCUCCUUUCUGUCCCAGCUGCCGGCCAUACCGCCGCCGCCGCCGCCGCCACCGCCGGCACCACCAACGCAGCCGCCAUCGUCCGGCUCGAGCGCCGCCCAGCCGGGAGGGAGUGUUACGCCGGUCGGGCCGUUCGAUCUGAUCGCCGGGCUGCGCUUUCCGGCCGAGCUGGCCGCCGACAUGGUGCAGGGUGCGUUCGGGGGCGUCCGGCUCACCCACCCGCAGCAUCACGUCGGGUUGGGCGGGGGGGCACAUCAUCUACACCAUCACCACGGUGCCCAGCAGCAGCAGCAGCAGCAGCAGCAGCAGCAUCCCCAUCACCACCAUCAUCACCAGCCGGCGCUACAUUCGCUGUCCCCGCCGGGUGCUGGGUCGCUGGGUGCGGCAACUGGUGGCACUGGCGGCACGAAGUCGUCCAAGGGCGGUGGAGCGGUCCGGCCCAAGUACUUCUCGCCCCAGGACAGCGACGAGCUGAACUAUCCGGACGUGCAGGACGAUGUUCACAAGAACAGGGAGUUCUACCGCAGCCACGACGUGCGUCCACCGUUCACGUACGCGUCACUGAUCCGCCAGGCCAUCAUAGAAUCGCCCGAGAAGCAGCUGACGCUGAACGAAAUCUACAACUGGUUCCAGAACACUUUCUGCUACUUCCGGCGCAACGCGGCCACCUGGAAGAACGCGAUACGCACCAACCUGUCGCUGCACAAGUGCUUCGUCCGGUACGAGGACGACUUCGGCUCGUUCUGGAUGGUGGACGAUCACGAGUUUCUCAAGCGGCGGCAUCUGUCCCGCGGCCGCCCCCGGAAGUACGACAUCUCGAUGCCCCCGCUGGCCGACCCGCCGGCAGCCGGUGCGGGGGCCCGCUGCCGACGCCGGCCGGCCGCCCCUCCGGCCCGGCGUCCGAGCAGGGGACCGGGCCGGGUCGCUCCACUCGCCGGCGGACACGAUCGGCCCGGACGGCGGUGGCGCCGGCGGGUACGGGGAGGAGGGCGAGUACGGCCGGGAGCCGACGAGCGGGCCCACCGGCAGCCGGUCGGUGCCGGAGAAGGAGCUGCAGCACGGAGGAGGCCGCCAGCGCCACCAGCCCGCCACCAAGAAGCCGGACUACAGCAGACGGUAACGCAAGCCGGUAGCGGAGCGGAAAACGUCCCUGCCACCAUUGCCGUAGUUCCCUUGUCCUCCUCCCCCACUAGCAUCCGGGAUUUAACACACUUUCAGCAUUCACACACACACACACACACACGCUCCUCAGCAGGACGCAAAAGGACGGUGCAAACGGUUGGUUUUUUCUCUUCUGAAGAUUUGCAGAAUUUUUGGUGGACUCUUUUUCUCUUCCCCGUAGGUUUCUGUCUAGGUUAACGAACUCCGGUCCAGAAUUGCUCAAUGGUUAGACAAGCGUUGGGAGGGGCUCUAAAUGUCCCUUGUUUUAUUUCAAAAUUGUUGAUUCCAUUUCAUUUCAUUCCCGGGCGGCAAAGUUUCUUCCAACUUCCUCUAGGCUUUAGGCACCGGCGUAGAAGACAUCCGGCGCACUCCAACCGGCACUGGCGAUGAACGGGAUGGCGUUGUGGCGAUGUUAAGUGUGCAAUAAAGAGGAUGAUACCUCUCUCACUUUCAACCGAAACACUUUACGCUGAAGGGCGCAAAGGCUUCGAGCGAUCGAA